AUGGGUGUAAUAGACUUGCCUACUGGUACUGUCAAUGCAUUAGCCUUUUCGAUGGAUGGACGUUAUUUGGCCAGCACCAGCGACGACAAAACGGUGCGCGUUCACGACAUGCAACGUGGGUUGUCAAAAAUUUGGGAACACAAAGGCACCUACCCAUACACUGCUGUCGCAUGGAGAGAUGACAUUCUAUUCGUUGGUGAUGAGGGAGGGGGGAUUAUCUGCUCUUAUCCCACCUUGAGGUGGCCACGUCGACGAGCAAACGAGGUCAUACAUGAGGCCUCUUCACCUGUCGCAGUUAUUGAAUUCAACGAGAGCGGUGAUCAUCUUCUUAUCUGCUCAGGUGCCGACGUUUUACUCUUCAAGAAUUCGAAGAAGGGUUCCGGAGCAUGGCGAUAUACAGACCGCCUGUCACGUCCUGCAUUUGGCGAGACUGAGAAUUUCGCCCAACCUCCGAUUCUAGCGACAGGCGUACAUUUUCUCGAGAGUGAUAAUGAGUGUCUUAUUGCAUACUACCAUCAUGGUGUUUGGAAGUGCAACAUCGACGCUUGGGAGACGACUCGUAUCUGGGGUCCAGACGAGAAAAUGAACACGCCUCAAGACUUCAAGAAAAUUAGUACCUCGUUUGAAGUUCAAGAACUUGGAUCCAAUGUUCCUCUUCUUGCUCUGUUCAUCAACAAAGGUCAAGCAACAGUAAUGGGUACGACGAAGGGAUACACUGUGAUAUUCGAUGCAAAACACGGGAGAAGGAUCCAAACUUUGAAGCACGGAAUGGACCGCUCCUGGGUGACCACCUUAGCAUAUGUUGAACUUGAUGUACCAACCCGUCGUCGAAUGAUAGCCACUGGCAAUGGUAACUGUGUGCAGCAUACACAAAUAUUACUGUGGAAUGAAGACGAUGGCACUCCCGCGAAGGGAACUAGCAAGUUGUGGGUUCUACCUAGACUUAUUAUGAUGAUUGUAACUGUUGGCCGUAUGAUCCUCGUGGCAAUGGGUAUAACCUUCGCACUCUUGCUGUUAUUCCCCUCACAAUGGUCAAGGGACAGUGUCUGGAAGAUGCUUGGAUACUCCGAGAAGAUUUCAUCCAUGUCUUAUCCGGUGACAUCUUCCCCUUCCUCCGCCUCUUCCCCUUCCUUGUCUUUUCUGUCAUCCGGCGGUCACUCACCCCCGAAGACGAAAUUCAAAGAGAUACUAGUCAAUUUGGGAGAGCUCAUCCUGUCGGAACUUUGGACAGUUCUAAUACCAGUGCUUUGA